GUCCAGCAGUUGAACACAUAUGACUGUUGUCUUGAUAGUUCCACAGGAUACAGAGAGCAACUCUACUGUUUCUAACCAUCUUCUCCAUUCAUUUUACAUUAUUUUCUCAUAAGAACAUAAGGAAUGUAAUAUGGGCCUGUGUAGGUAUUUUGUCUUUGUGAGAGUUGGUAUGGAUGAAAAUGGAUGGGUCUCUUCCUCCAAAUCGCAGUUCACUUGUAAGUAUAGAUUAUGUCAAGAGAAGGAACAUAAUAAAAACUUUAGUGUGUGUUAUAGCUUGGUAAGAGCCUUGAGUAAGGCUGAGUUGGUGUUGGCCUCCUCACCUGAGUCGCAGCAGAUGCCGGGGGCAGCGCAGUGUCCGUCCUCGGCAGAAUGUCCUAAGCCAGUGGUUCUCAAAGUGGGGGGCGCGAACACUCUCCAGGGGGGGCGCGAUGUCACAGACGGAGAGAAAAAAAAAAAAACGCCGACCUGUCACUGGUUAGUGAAAGCUCCCUGAGUGGCAAAAUGCAAGGGGCUGGACUGAUCCAAACAAAUCAAAUACUGUUUUGCUCCUGAUCCACCAAUCAAAAUGGAGUUUUAUCAUUUGAACGUGAGUUGCACCCAAGCUUCCGAGUAUGAAAAAAACCCCGCAGGCAUGGUAAGCGCUCACCCUGAGACAACACUCUGCAGAGUUUGUUCAAUUUCUCUUGUUUCCUCUAUCAUUCAGAUAUGCAUUGCUUUAUAAACAGUCUUUUUAAAGACUCACUGCUUCCUUAGUAAUACCUUACAGCCAGUGCUGUAGUGGUAAAAUUAGAGGUGGGUAAACUAUGAAUUUUGUGAUCAGACAGACCUCGACGCGAUGCAACACGACGUGAAGCAAUGCAACACAAAGCGUUGCGACUCUGUAAGGCUGUCCUGGCUAUAUUCCAUUAUGAUAUCAGUUAAAGUCAUAUUAAAUCAAUGACAGUUAAUAGAUGAGUUUGUAGUUUAUUAAAUUUCAAGAAAACAGUAAAGAAAAGUAUGUGUAGGCCUCACAAAAAUGAAGGGGGUGGUGGGGGAAACAAAAGAAAGGACCUCUAUAGGACCUAAAAAAACUAAAUUAAGGCCUCUGGAAACAGGCCCAGGGUGAUACACCUGAAAAGUUUAAUAUAAAAAGAAACCAUGCUGCAAUUAAACACUUCCCCUGUUCUUUAACCAUUGGAGAAACCUGCCUUGCAGGGGCAUGUUCUGGGGUUCAUGGCUCUCCUGUGAUUCACCAGCCAGGACUUCACAUACUGUGCUGGAUUGAACAAGCAUGUUUUUGUCACAUUGAGAACUGACUUGUUUUCAAAUAAUCUAUGUUUCCAGUGUAUUUCGCUUACAUGCUACUCUACACCUUUCAUGACUUCAAAUAACGUAUUGAUUAAGCAUAUAGGGUGGAACCACUUCGUCAAUUACUUUGAACUUGCUGCUUAGUGAGUUGAUUGAUUACAGUGGGAACCUUAUCAGCGGCAACUUUUUAGUAAUGUUUCGUAACUCAUUACCUCAUCAACGUCAUACAAUUUCCAGUGAAAUCACUACAUUCCUCGACCGGGUUAGUCAUUCCAUCGGGGCUAUAUAAGUGGUCCUGCUAAACUCUUGCUUUCUAGUAGAAGUUCAUAAUGGCCUUUGCUGGAAAAUAUCAGCUGGAGUCUCGGGAGAGCUUUGAGCCUUUCAUGAAGGCUAUUGGUCUGCCUGAUCUACAGACUCAGAAUCGCAGAGACAUCAAGAGCGUCUCUGAAGUAGAGCAGAAUGGAGAUGACUUCAAGGUGACCGUUACCACUGGUACAAAGGUCAUGGUGAACACCUUCACGAUUGGGCAGGAAUGUGAGCUGGACACCCCGACUGGAGAGAAAGUCAAGACUGUUGUGCACUUGAAUGGGAACAAGCUGACCGUUUCAUUGAACGGCAUUGAGUCUGUCACUGAGGUGUCUGGAGAUUACAUUUACAAUACGAUGACUUUGGGCGACAUUGUAUACAAGAGAGUCAGCAAGCGCAUCUCAUAAUUGUGUUUUUGAGGAAAAUAAAAAGAAGAAAAUCAGUGUGAGCAUUGUCAUUACUUACUGCUUGCACUUCCUAAGCUCUGCAUUUGCAU